AUGUCCACAAAUAUAAAGAAUAUCCAAUUGCUAGUUUAUUGUUCAACCUUUGCAAGUAUUUUGUCAAUUUUGGCUUGUAUUUUUAUUUUUCCACAAAUUUAUUUUGAAACAACAAAUUUAUUGAAUGAAGUAAAAGGGGGAGUUGAAAUAUUUAAAGUUGAAACUGAUUCUGCUUGGAAUUUAUUAAUUGAUAUACAAAUACGUCAUAAACCUCAAUCUGUUAAUGUUAGAGAAGAAAAUCCUUUUGAAAGUAUUUUUCAAAGGGCAAAACGACAAAAUUAUGGAAAAUUGCCUGCUUGGUGCCAAUGUGAACCCACCAAACCCGAAUGCCCUCCAGGACCAGAAGGUCCUCCCGGCGAACCAGGCACAGACGGCCCACCUGGAGAGCCUGGACCUAAUGGAGAAGAUAAUACACAGGUUUACCCACAAGUAAAAUGCGAGGCGCCUGAUGUGUCAAAAUGUAUUGAAUGCCCAGCUGGGCCACCUGGCGAACAGGGUCCAAUCGGACCGUUAGGCUCGUCAGGUCAAACAGGAGAAGCUGGAGCAGCAGGCCCACCUGCACCUCAAGGAAAGCCUGGAGAACAAGGCCCGCCAGGAGAUCAAGGCCCUCCUGGCGAAAAAGGAAAUCCGGGAACGCCGGGAACGCCUGGAAGUGAUGCAGAACACAGUCCGGCAUUGCCCGGUCCAAAGGGUCUUCCAGGAGGCCCAGGCCAGCCAGGCAAAGAUGGAGCACCCGGAGAAAAUGGUACAAUUAAUUUGUAA